AUGCCGGCGCUGUCGUCUGGCGCCAACGCCAACGACGCCAUGGGGUUGAAUGCCGUCAUGGGGGGAGCAGGAGCAGGCGGCAGCGGAGGACCAGCAGGAGGCGCAGGCGGCACUGGACUCGGUAUAGAGGCUUUCGAUCAGGAUCUCAACUUUGACGAGUCCAUGUUAGAUAGUGUGAAUGGAGGACUACCCAACUUCCCCUUCACCCCGACUUAUGACCUCGAGACCUUCACCACGACUUUUGAAGACCCGUUCAACUACUCCCGGCCCUACGAGGCCGCGCCCGACCCGGAGGCGUAUCACGAUGAGGAGUCUUCGCCCCAGCAGCUCGACGAUAAGCUGCUCAGCUUUUCGGCGCCCGCCGUCAAGGCCACCCCGAUAGACGACGCCACGGGGUCCUUCUCCGAGCUCAACAUGACGGCCGAGCUCUACGGCAUGUUCUUCGUGGCCGAGGACGUGUUUGGCGGCGAGACGGCCGGUCGGCCGCUCGAGCUCACCUGCUAUCGGCGGAAUCUGUGGCAGUGUUCCGGCCAGAUCACGCUGCCGCGGCAUUGCACGCAGGUCCUUAACGAGCAGGGGCGCGCCAUUCCGAUCGUCGAGUUCUACGCCUCCAUCACGGCCAUGGAGUCCAUCGACGGCAAAUCAACAGAGAUUAUAUCGAUACCGUGGAAGAGCAACAACCCGGCUCUGGGCGAGGGGCAGGAGACCAAGACCGCUGGAGCGCCACCCAGGGUUGCUCUGGACCUCAGCGGCGGCCAGGAGGUCGACGGCCACCGCGUGAGCCUGCCCGUGGCCUGGAAGCGCCUGCAGUUCAAGUCGGCCACGGCAAAUAACGGCCGCCGCAAAGGCCUGCAGCAACACUACGUCGUACAGAUCAACCUACUAGGCAAGAUGAAAACCGGAGGGGAGCUGAUGAAGAUUGCCGAGAUCCGCAGCGGUCCUGUCAUAGUACGGGGCCGUAGCCCGCGAAACUUUGACAGCAGGAAGGAUGUGCCCCUAUCCGGCGACAAGAAGCCCAGCAACGCGGAUCGGGCGCGCACGCAGAGUGAUGCCGCUUCGACGCCAGUACUCAAGCAAGAACGCACCGAUUCGCUCAGCCUGCCGCGGUAUAACUCCAUCGGGGGCGUCUCGUCCGGUUCCAACGACUGGACCGGUUCCGGGUCGUCCACGUACAACAACGGCGCGCAGACUGCCCAGCAUGCCCAGAAGAGGAUGGCAGUGUCGCCCAACCUCAGCAGGCCGCCGGUGCCCGCCUGGAGCUCCGACGUCUCCGUCGGCAAGACGCCGAGCUUCGCAGCCCAGGCGAAGAGCGCCGGCUCCGCCGGCCCCUCGCUGCCGAUCGACCUGUCGUUGUCGGAGGACGAGCGCAGCCCCAACAACCGCUCCACGUCGGACGCGCUCCAGAGCCCGCAGCUCACCCGCUUCGGCAGCGGCCUGGGACACGGGAGCCCGGCAGAGGAGACGGAGGAGCUCUACGAGUACUUUCCCCUGAGCGUGGACGACUGGACACCGCUGGUCGACACGAUAUACCGUCCCCACAUUGUGCAUCACAUCGCUGUGCCUCAGGAGAUCAAAGCUCAGAAGGUCAGGAGCAAGGCAAAGAGGUAUUUCUCGGCGGAAUGA